AUGCACACGGGCAACCGGCUGACAAGCAGCCAAAAGGCCAUGCUCUACGGCGCUGGUGUACCUGAUGAAAACAUGAUGAAGAAUGCGCCCCAUGUCGGCAUCGCGACCGUUUGGUGGGAAGGCAACCCAUGCAAUACGCACUUGAUGGACCUCGGCAAAAUCGUCAAAAGGGGUGUUGAGAAGCAGAACAUGUUGGCAUGGCAGUACAAUACCGUCGGUGUGUCCGACGCCAUCACCAUGGGCGGCGAAGGUAUCAUUGAGCCGCGAAUGCUGACAUACAAGUUCGCACGGCCAUCAGGCAUGCGGUUCUCGUUGCAGACGCGCGAGAUCAUCGCCGACUCGAUCGAGACGGUCACUUGCGCGCAGCACCACGACGCCAACAUCGCCAUUCCGGGGUGCGACAAGAACAUGCCUGGCGUCAUCAUGGCCGCCGCUCGCCACAACCGGCCCUUCAUCAUGAUCUACGGCGGUACCAUCCGCAAGGGCCACUCGCGCCUGCUCAACGGUCAGAUCAACAUCAGCACCUGCUACGAGGCCUCGGGCGCCUACGCCUAUGGCAAGCUCCGGGCCAAGGACGGCUCUGCUGCCACGGCCGACGAGGUCAUGUCGGACAUCGAGAGGCACGCCUGCCCCGGCGCCGGCGCCUGCGGAGGCAUGUACACGGCCAACACGAUGGCCACGGCCAUCGAGGCCAUGGGCCUGUCCCUGCCUGGCAGCUCGUCCUACCCGGCCACGUCGCCCGAGAAGGCGCGCGAGUGCGAGCGCGCCGCCGAGGUCAUCCGCACCACCAUGGAGCUCGACAUCCGGCCCCGCGACUUGCUGACGCGCGCCGCCUUUGAGAACGCCCUUGUGCUGACCAUGGUACUCGGCGGCAGUACCAACGGCGUGCUGCACUUCCUCGCCAUGGCCAACACGGCCGACGUGCCCCUCAGCCUUGACGACGUGGCCCGCACCUCGGACCGCGUGCCCUUCCUGGCCGACCUGGCCCCCUCAGGCAAGCACUACAUGGAGGACCUGUACGGCGUGGGCGGAACCCCGGCCGUGCUCAAGAUGCUCAUCGCCGCGGGCCUGAUCGACGGCUCCGUAAUGACGGUGACGGGCAGGACGCUGGCCGAGAACUGCGCCUCGUGGCCGUCGCUGGACCCCAACCAAAAGAUCAUCCGUCCCCUGUCGGACCCCAUCAAGGCGACGGGCCACCUGCGCGUGCUGCGCGGCAACCUGGCGCCGGGCGGCGCCGUGGCCAAGAUCACAGGCAAGGAAGGCCUCGAGUUUGUGGGCAAGGCGCGCGUCUUUGACAAGGAGCACGCGCUCGACGACGCCCUGGCGCGCGGCGACAUCAAGGCCACCGACGGCAACCUCGUGCUCAUUGUGCGGUACGAGGGCCCCAAGGGCGGACCGGGCAUGCCCGAGCAGCUGCGAGCCAGCGCGGCCAUCAUGGGCGCCGGGCUGAGCAACGUGGCCCUGGUCACGGACGGGCGCUACAGCGGCGCCAGCCACGGCUUCAUCGUCGGACACGUGGUCCCCGAGGCGGUCAACGGCGGGCCCAUCGCUCUGGUGCAGGACGGGGACACGGUGCGCAUCGACGCCGUGGCGAACCGCAUCGACAUCGUCAGCGUCGUCGGUGGCGGGGAUGGUGACGAGGCCGUCACGCAGGAGAUUGAGCGACGGCGCCGCGACUGGAAGGCGCCGCCCAUGCUGCCCGUGCGUGGUGUGCUGGCCAAGUAUGCCCGCUUGGUCGGCGAUGCAAGCCACGGAGCCGUGACUGAUGUCGGCGAGUCGUGGUAG